GAGGGACAGUAUUACUUUAACGGAAGUCCCAAAACAAACCAGAAAGUUCCCGAUUAAACUUGCGUUGCAGCCCUUCAUUUUGUGGAGAAGCGUUGUCUCAGCCAGUCGAAUCGGUAGAGAAAAGCUUAUAUUUUUGUCGGAUAACAUGAGGCAUUCACGAACCGCAAUUGUGGGCGAAUCUUCAGCCGAGACUCAUGUCGGUGAAGGUGCGGUUGACCGAAAAGGAACUAUCCGGUGGCGGGUGGUCGCUGUGUCCGUCCUGAGCGCAACCUUGUUUACAGCUGCUGUCGGCUGUAUCUCUGCUUUCAUAUAUCCCAUAAUAAAAGAGCUGCGGGCAGGGACAGUCAGAGGAUUGGAUGGGACUGAAGUAAGGAUCCUGGGUUUCUGGAGCAUCCUGGUGCUGUCAGUAUUAGCUGGUUCUAUCUGCGCCGUCUUCUCAUGGAUUAUCACCUACCUGGACUCUUAUCAACUGGGUAAGGUGCCUCCAACACUGCUGGCACUGUUUCACUUCAGUGAUGCAAUUGACAAAAAUGUGCACAUCGGCUAUGCUGUCGCUAUCGGCAAUGGUUUCAUGGCGAUGCUGACUGUCAUCUGGAGCCUCACAUGACAGUGACAGCAAGAAGAGUAUAUGAAAGAAUUCUGCCUUUCUUUAUGAAAAAUGUAUGUUCUUGUGAGUUAACUUUCUUUUUUUUCUUUUUUUAAAUACCCUAUGCUUGUACAGUAACCUGUGUACAUUUUAUGAUUAAUCUACAGCUACCCUGUGAUUAUUCAGAUCAAAACUGUAAUUGAUUGACAACCAUAGUUUGAAAACCUCAACAUUUGGUAUUUGUUUUGGCUUGAAGAGUUUUAUAGACAGCAUAAGUGUAAAUGGGGAAAAAA